AUGCGGUUCAAUUCUGCAAUCGCUCCGGCUCUGUGUGCCUCUGUCUUCUUUGCCGGUAAUGCGCUUGCACAGGAAGAUCUCGAGCCAGAGCCAGCCUCAAGCGCUGCCGUCGAGCGGCCAACCUUCACACCUACCAGCCUCAAGGCCCCUUUCCUAGAACAGUUCACCGACGACUGGGACACAAGAUGGACGCCCUCGCACGCCAAGAAGCAGGAUUCCAAGAGCGACGAGGACUGGGCCUACGUUGGUGAAUGGUCUGUGGAAGAGCCUACCGUUCUACCUGGUAUUGUUGGUGACAAGGGUUUGGUCGUCAAGAAUGCCGCUGCCCACCAUGCCAUCUCCGCCAAGUUCCCCAAGGCCGUCAACAACAAAGGCAAGACUCUUGUCGUACAGUAUGAAGUCAAGCUGCAGAAUGGUCUAGAGUGCGGUGGCGCUUACCUCAAGCUGUUGCGAGACAACAAAGCUCUCCAUGCCGAAGAGUUCUCAAACAGCUCCCCUUACGUGAUCAUGUUCGGUCCUGACAAAUGCGGAGCCACCAACAAGGUCCACUUCAUCUUCCAACACAAGAACCCAAAGACAGGCGAGUACGAAGAGAAGCAUCUCAAGAGCCCUCCCCAGGCCAAGAUCAACAAGCUCACCACCCUUUACACCCUCAUUGUCAAACCGGACAACACCUUCGAAAUCCUCAUCGACAAUAAAUCUGCCAAGAAUGGCAGUCUUCUCGAGGACUUCAGCCCUGCCGUAAACCCAGACAAGGAGAUUGACGAUCCCAAGGACAAGAAGCCCGAAGACUGGGUUGAACUCGCCCGUAUCCCAGACCCUGAAGCUACUAAGCCUGAAGAUUGGGACGAGGAUGAGCCAUAUGAGCUUCCAGAUGAGGAUGCCGAGAAGCCUGAUGACUGGCUCGAAAAUGAACCUCUCACAGUUCCUGACCCAGAAGCCGAAAAACCUGAGGAUUGGGAUGAUGAGGAGGAUGGCGACUGGAUUCCUCCCCAAGUCCCCAACCCCAAAUGCGAAGACGCCUCUGGAUGCGGCCCAUGGGAACGACCAAACAAGAAGAACCCCAACUAUAAAGGCAAAUGGACUGCUCCUUACAUUGACAACCCGGAUUACAAGGGCACAUGGGCUCCUCGCAAGAUCGCUAACCCCAACUACUUUGAGGACAAGACUCCCUCCAACCUUGAGCCAAUCGGAGCUAUUGGAUUCGAGAUCUGGACCAUGCAAUCUGAUAUUACCUUCGACAACAUCUUCAUCGGUCACUCAGUCGAAGAUGCCGCUGCUUUCACAAGCGAGACCUACACUGUCAAGAGAGCCGUUGAGGAGGCUGAAGAAGAAAAGACCAAGCCCAAGCCAUCUGAUCUACCCAAAGCAACCACUCCCAGCGGAGACUUCAUGGAUGACCCGGUCAACUUCGUCAAGGAGAAACUCGAGCUAUUCAUCACACUCGCUCAAAGAGAUCCCAUCGAGGCCAUCAAGAUCAUGCCCGAGGUUGCCGGUGGAAUUGGAGGUGCUUUGGCUCUACUCAUUGCCAUCAUCGUUGGCCUCUUCAGCCUCGGUGGCUCUUCAGCUCCUAGCAAGGAAGACAUCAAGAAGACCGCACAGAAAGCCAAGGAAGCCGCCACGGAUGCCAAGGAUAAGGCUACUACAGCCACUGCAAGCGGUGCGGACGCAGUCAAGUCCGAGGUGAACAAGCGUACUACUCGGUCAAGCGGUAGCUCUGAUUAG